CGCCAUCUCCCAACACUCAUUGGCCAAGAUCCACUCCUUUUGGCAUGACCCACCCCCCCACACCCUGUAGCUGUCCUAAAGGCUCUAUCCUCCUGAAAGAUCAUCUCCCUAAGGAUCAGUUUGAGGAGGUGACCCAGCGCAGAGCUCUGGAAUACAAGAAACACCAAGCCAGAACCAACUCCAGUUUGUCCAUACUUCUGUUGGCUCCAUCUAACUCUCCUCUGCAGUAUCCAAUCCAAGGCUUCACCGUUCGACCUUUGACCCCUACCACUAUACCUGGUUUAGCAUUGCAUGCUGGGAGGAAACACAGCUACAAGGUGUUCCUGAAAGUGUCGCAUGGCGUGCUGAGCACACAGGACGCAGCUGAAGGGGUGAAGGUCGAAGGUAAUGGUGAGAGUGGACUUGUCAUGGAGUCCAUGAGUCUGGUGGACCUUAAUAACCUGCUCGAUAAAGUCACUUAUACCAGCACCAUCUACCACAUCCACACCGGAGACCUGGCUCACUUCCUGUUUGAGGGUCACGAGGCCGUCUUCCCCAUCGUCAUCCAGCAGCCCUCACCUCCGCUCCUCUACGACCUUGGAAAAAACAUCAGCUCUCAGGUGACCAUCACCACCAAGACCUUCCUGCGUUAUGAUGAGUUGAAAAUGUUGGUGAGCAGCAUCCGCCGUUUCUAUAGCGACAUCGAGAUCAUCAUCGCUGACGACAGCUUUGUUGUCGAGAAGAUCUCUGGAGAACACAUCAAGCACUACACCAUGCCUCCAGCACAGGGCUGGUUCGCUGGCAGGAACCUGGCUGUCUCCCAGGUAACCACCAAGUAUUUACUGUGGGUAGACGAUGACUUCCUGUUUACAGAGGAAACCAAGAUUGAGAAGCUGGUUGAGGUGAUGGAGGCAGUCCCAGAGCUGGAUGUGGUGGGGGCGUCCGUCACAGGAAAUCAGUUCUUCUUCUCUCUUCUCUAUGAGGAGGGAGUAGAUGGUGGCUGUCUGGACAGGAAGUCCAAGGGCAAGUUCAACCCACUCCCCAAUUUCCCACAAUGCUCUCUGGCCAGCGGGGUCGUCAACUUCUUCCUGGCUCGUACGGACGCCGUGCGGAGGGUGGGAUUUGAUCCCAAGCUGCAGAGAGUAGCACACUCUGAGUUUUUUAUGGAUGGUCUGGGCUCAUUGCUCGUUGCCACCUGUAGUCAUGUGUCCAUCGGCCACCAGCCCAAAGCCUCGUCCAGAAAAGACAAGGACCACAAUCGCUACAACUCCUUCAGACAACCGGCAGCCAAAGAUCAGGAGCUCAAACUGCAGCUGCACUUCUUCAAAAACCACCUCAAAUGUAUUCGAUAUGCAUGAGAUGGCCAGCAGAAAGACAAAGAGAACCACGUGAGACUGCUUCUCAUAUGGGGAUAUCAGUAGUUUCAUCAGUAAUUCUUCCUAAUGUCAUCCAUUUGCUUCUCGUGAGCUUCAGGCUCUGUUACUGCUUUUAUGGGCGCUGCUGUGUGUUUUGUUCUGGAUGAAAAUAAAAUGGAGAAUUACUGAAAAGGAAUAAACUCA